UGGUCUGCGGCCGUUGAAGUGUUUGCUCGUGCCUCGUUCGCCCGUUCGCUCGUUCGUCCGUUCGCCCGUUCGUUCGUUUCGUUUCUCGUGUGCUCACUUUACGUAUACACGUUAGUCGUUACGUCGCGUUUGCGUGCGUGCGUUUUCACAGUAAUAACAGGCAACAACAACAACAGCAACAAAUACUGAAUCGACAUCGACAAUUCCUCAUCAUCAACAAUAAACAGCGGCAAUCGACAACAAGCCAAAAAGCUACAAAAUCGCGUCGGCAAAAGCGCGCAAAAUAAAUACCCAUUCAAAGUUUGAUAACUACUUGUAUACGAUACUAUACUAUACCAUAUAUUUAGUGCAGAGGCUAAACAACAAAAGAAUAAACAACAAGAAGAAAACAUAAACAAAUCCAAUGUGUGCAAAAUCUAGCGCAGUGUUGCAAAACGCGUGCAAAAACAUGUGUUGAAUAGCGUCGUGCUCACAAAAUUCACACACAACUCUCCCAGUCAGGAGAAAUUCAUAGAGAGAGAGAGAAGUAGGAGAAGCAGCAGGAAAAGGAGCAGAGAUCAGAGACUCAGUUUCUCUGUUGAAUUUUGCGCGCCCCACGUUCUACCCAAAAAACAUUCAAAAUUAUACUCGAAAUGGAUAUGACCUCAACAGCGGAGGCUGCCGCUCGCAGCUGGUACGACAGUCCGCGCUUAGGCGGCGGUGGAGGCGGCGGCGGUGUUGGCGGCGGUGGCGGAUCACCGCAAAACAAUGGACUCGGCAGCGCCGGCAGUAGCCUGGCCCACAGCCAUCACAGCCUAUCCAGCGGCGCCUCAUCGGCGGGCAGCAGCGUUGGUGCCGCCCUCGGUGGCGGCGCUGGUGGCGCUGGCGCCGGCCUUGGUCUGGAUACCAGCGAUAUGAGCGCCUUCUAUGCGCUGGAAAGCAAUGGACAUCAUCGACGCUACUAUCCCAGCUAUCAUCAGCACACAUCCCGCAUGCCCUCCUCACAUGCCACGCCCCAAGUGUGCCGGCCGCACUUUCAUACGCCGCUCAGUCCAUGGCUGACCAGCGAACACAAACCGUUUGCACCCGCCAGCGCCUGGGGCAUGGGUCAAUUCGCUUGCCCCCAGGAGCCGCAGGUGGAGCACAAGCUAGGCCAAGUGGGCCAGAGCCAUCAGACGACGACGGCGUCCGGCCAGCAUUCGUUUCCAUUCCCACCAACACCGCCAAAGGACUCCACGCCCGACUCAGUACAAACCGGUCCAUCCGAGUACCAGGCCGUGAUGAACGCUUUCAUGCACCAACAGGCCACGGGCUCUACCUCACUGACGGACACCAGCUGUGCGCUGGACAUCAAGCCAUCCAUACAGAAUGGCGGCUCAUCUUCAGCACAUGGCAGCAGCGCUGGACUAGCGCAAUCCUCGGCGCCCAAACAGCGUGAAGGUAGUACUAACAACAACAACAACAACAGCAAUACAAAUAGCUCAAAUAGCAGCAGCAGCAGCGGCGGCGGCAAUCAAGCGCCGCAGCAGCAACAGCAGCAGCAGCAACAACAACAGCAGCAGCAGCAGAGUAACAACAACAGCAGUAACAGCAACACCAACAGCAACACCAAUAGCAACACCAACAGCAACAAUAACAACAGCAAUGCCUCCUCAUCCGCCUCCGCGUCAGCAUCGAAUGGUUUAUUCUAUGGCACAGCUCAGGCGCAUUAUGCGGCAGCCAACAGCAAUGCGAACAGCAGCAGCUACGACAGCAGCUAUGCCUCGUAUCAUCAUGCGGCAGCGCAACAUCAGGCGGCUGUGGCCGCCGCCAAUAUGUUCCAAAGUUCCUCAGUUGCAGCGGCCGCCGUCCGACAUAGCAUGGGCGCAGCCGCAGCGGCGGCGGCGCAUCAACAUCAUCAUCACAGUCACAGUCAUAGUCACAGUCAUCAUGGCUCGAACGCUGGUUCUGGGCUUCAUGGUGGCAAUGGCAGCGGUGGCGGUGGUGUUGGUGGCGUCAUGAGCGGCAUGGGCAGCGGCAUGAGCAGCGGUGCACAUAGCAGCUCGAGUGGCGGAGGCGGCGGUGGCGGUGGCAUUGGCGGUGGUGCUGGUGGUGGUGUUGAUGUGCUCGAUGUGAAGCCCGUGCGCACAAAGCCCAGGACAAGUGCUGAGGGACGCGAGUGCGUGAAUUGCGGUGCCACAUCGACACCGCUGUGGCGACGCGAUGGAACUGGACAUUAUUUGUGCAACGCCUGUGGCCUCUACUACAAAAUGAAUGGUCAGAAUCGGCCACUGAUCAAGCCAAAGCGAAGACUGACGCUACAGUCGCUGCAGAGCGCGGCCAAGCGGGCGGGCACAUCCUGCGCAAAUUGCAAGACCACAACCACAACCCUUUGGCGACGCAACGCCAGCGGCGAGCCCGUGUGCAAUGCCUGCGGAUUAUACUACAAGCUGCACAAUGUCAAUCGUCCACUUACCAUGAAAAAGGAGGGCAUACAGACGCGUAAUCGCAAGCUCAGCUCCAAGUCGAAGAAGAAAAAGGGCUUGGGCGGCGGCUGUCUGCCAAUUGGCGGCCAUUUGGGCAUGGGCGACUUUAAACCGCUCGAUCCAUCGAAGGGCUUUGGCGGCGGCUUCUCUGCGUCCAUGGCGCAACAUGGACACCUUUCCAGUGGUCUGCAUCCGGCACAUGCGCAUAUGCAUGGCAGUUGGUAUACUGGUGGCAUGGGCGCUUUGGGCGCCUCCGGUGGACUGCAGGGUGGCUUCUCCACGGCGGGUUCGCUUGGCGGUGGCGUUGUGCCCCACUCCCAGCCCUAUCACUUGGGCCUCAGCUCGAUGGGCACAUGGCGCACUGACUACACGUGAUGGAGCGGGAACAAUUUGAACAACAAUUUGUUCAGCUAGAGCAGCGCCGAUUUCAAUUCAAGCAACAACUAUAUCUGAUCUGAUCUGACUUGAUUUCCAAACACAAUGCCAAACUGAGGACUCCCUUUGCAGCCAUUUAACCUAACCUUUUGGGCCACAAUCAACCACAAGCAGAUGUCCCCUUAAAAAAGGACAAAGACAAGGACAUGAACACCAGUGAUCAUCAGCUGGAGCGUCUUCAACAACAUGGAGGGGAAGGCGACGAAGGCGAUUGUGGGCCUGGUUCAAGUGCUGGCUAUUCCUAAUUGUAAACAUUGCGUGCAAUUUUUAAUUAUUUAAGUUUUCGUCGUUGGCCAGCAGCUAAAACAAAAGCCCAUUAAAAUUAAUUAAAGGGCCGCACAUAUUAUUUUUAUUGCUCUUGAGUGAGUGUGUGUGAAUGUGAAUGUGUGUAUGCGUGUGUGUGUGUGCUGAAUGAUUGUGUGUAAUUGUGAGUAUGAAUUCUGUGUUUUAUUUUUCGCUUAAUUAAUUUAAUUUCUCGACGCAAAUUCGGCGUAUUUAAUUGUGCUUUAUGAACUGCCAUAAAAAAAAGAAAAAACAAAUAUUAAAACAAAAGCCCAACACACAAAAAGCAAAUAAAUAAAUAAAAGCAAUUGCAAAAAGCCCCCGACAAAAACGGAAUUUCAUAAAUAUUUAUAUUGUAUAUAUGUAUGUAUAUCUGAUGAGAACAAGAGCAGCAUUACAAACAACAACAACAACAACAGCAACAACAGAAAGCACACAGAAACUAACGAUAACUAAGCAUAAAAUAUUAACUAAUAAAAUGCACGUCCAAAACAAAAUGAGAAAUAUAUAAAUCUAAUCUAUAAAUAUAUAUAUAUAAACUGUUUUGUAAAAAGCAACUGCAAAAUGUUUGUCCUAUUUCGCAAUGCAAUUGAAAAUUGCAAAAAUACUUUAAACUGUAAAUUAGUUAAAUUAUUAGACAUUAAACAAACAGACGUGAUAAACAUAAACAUAAAUUUAAACAAUUCAAUAAUUGUAAAAUAAAUU